AUGUCGGAUGCCAUUGUAGCCAAAAGUCAGCCAAUACCUGGAGAUCCAGAAAAAAAAGGCUGGCUAUUUAAGUGGACCAAUUAUUUAAAGGGUUAUCAACGGAGAUGGUUCGUGUUGUCGAAUGGAUUGUUGUCGUAUUACAGAAAUCAAGCAGAGGUAUCUCACACCUGUCGGGGCACAAUCUCCCUGCUAGGGGCCCUCAUCCACACAGCUGACUCGUGUACAUUUGUAAUCAGUAAUGGAGGCACUCAAACCUUUCACAUUAGAGCCCACGAUGAAGUUGAAAGACAAAGCUGGGUUACUGCAUUAGAACUUGCUAAAGCAAAAGCAAUUCGAGCACAGGAAUCUGAUGACGACGAAGAUCAGAUAGGCACUGGUGUAGUAGUGACUUCUGCCGAUGGUGACAGUGAAGACGCAGGAGGCAUAGCCCGGGAGUUAGGCGCCAGAUUCCAUGAUUUAAGAACCUGUUCAGAGCUGGUGGCUAGACAUGGAGCUGCUUUGCAGCGAUCCCUCGUAGACCUAGAGAUCCCACCUACAGAUACUACAAAACAGGUGUCUGAACGAGCCACGUUGUUCAGGAUAUCGUGUAAUGCUAUGAUGAAUGCUUGUUCGGAGUUCAUGAGCGCGGCUGCUGCGUCGAGUGCGCGAAUGAGCCGUGCGCUGCAACAUGAACGCGAACAGAAGAUGCGGCUCCAGGAGGUGGUCGAGCAACUCGCCCGACAACACGACAAUCUAGAGAAGACAGUCACGGCUCGGAACACCACACAAGCGGUUAUCAAUAUUAACUGGUUUGGGGGUAACGGCUCAGGCCAGGGGAACGAGACAGAGGAUGAAGAUCAUGAAUUCUUUGAUGCAGUGGAAGAGGGUGUCUCGGGAACCAUGGAUGAGAAUUCCUUUGUAAUUAAAGUACCUGUAAAUAGGAAAAACAAAGUAAAAAGCAACGAAAGCUCAGAUGAAUCUGAGGGUGAGACCGUCACUGAGACUCAACAGGUAAUAUUCAUGGAAGACAAAGAGGGCGCUGAAAGCGCUAUGGGUGGUACAGAUGCAACAACUCAAUCUGAAAAUGACUCGACAGAUCCUAAGCCGCCUGAGAAUAAGGAUCAGGAUAUUAAAAUAUGGCCUCACGUGACACAAACCACAUCGAUGGUGGACGGUCACCCGCGGCGGACGAGGGUUCCCGACAAGCCCAAUUAUCCACUUAGUUUAUGGUCCAUUAUGAAGAAUUGUAUAGGUAAAGAAUUAUCGAAAAUCCCGAUUCCGGUAAACUUCAGCGAGCCAUUGUCGAUGUUGCAACGAUUGACGGAGGACUACGAAUAUUCGUGUAUCCUCGACCAGGCCGCCAAGUUCAGCGACCCCGCGCAGCAGCUGGCCUACGUCGCCGCCUUCACGGUCUCCAGCUACGCAACCACGGCUUGCAGAACAAACAAGCCCUUCAAUCCGUUGCUCGGCGAGACGUACGAAUGUGAUCGUAUGGCAGACCUCGGCUGGCGGUCGAUAUCCGAGCAGGUGUCUCAUCAUCCCCCAAUGGUAGCUCAAUUCACCGAGGGGCAGGCAGGUUGGCAGUGUUGGCAGGAAUUUACUAUGACAACUAAAUUCCGAGGCAAAUACCUACAGGUCAUACCGCUAGGGGGCGCCUCAGCAAUGUUCCCUAGCUCUGGAAACAAAUACACGUGGAGGAAGGUGACAACGACAGUUCACAACAUAAUUGUCGGCAAGCUGUGGGUGGACAACCACGGCGACAUGGACAUAGUGGGCGAGGCGGGCCCGGCCAACGGCUACGUAGCGCACCUCAAGUACGUGCCCUACGGCUACUUCAGCAAGGACACGCAGAGGAAGGUCACCGGGGUCAUCAAGGAUCCGCAGGGCGUGCCACGCUACGUACUGCAGGGAUACUGGGACAGCCGCGUGGAAGUAGCACCCGUCACGAGCGCCUCGCCCGACAACACCGUCUGCAAGACCGGCAAGUUCACCGUCGCCUGGGAGCGAGUGGCCGCCCCGCCCGACUCCGACAAGUGGUACAACUUCACGCUGAUGGCGGCGCAGCUGAACGAGAUGGAGGAGGGCGUGGCGCCCACGGACUCGCGGCGGCGGCCCGACCAGCGCCUCAUGGAGGAGGGGCUGUGGGACGAGGCCAACGCCGAGAAGCUGCGCCUGGAGGAGAAGCAGCGCGGCGCGCGGCGGCAGCUGGAGGCGGCGGCCGAGGCGGCGGCGGCGGGCGGCGCGCCGGCCCCCGCCCCCCCGCGCCCGCUGUGGUUCACGCGCGCCGCAGUGGCCGCGCUGUCGGCGCACGCCACGCACCAGCCGCACCUGCGCCACCUCUACAACCACCGCUACUGGGACUGCAAGCGGCGCCAGGACUGGGCCGCCUGCCCCGACAUCUAUUAG